GAAGGCUAUGCAGCUGCUGUCAUUGACGAUGUCAUUUACAUAUUUGGUGGCCAGGGUGUAGAUGGCAAGGACCUUGGCGAUUUGACAGCAUUCAAAAUGUCAGACCAGAGGUGGUACAUGUUCCAAAACAUGGGUCCAGCACCUAGUGGCUGUUCAGGACAUGCUAUGGCAUCCAUGGGAACCAGAGUUUUUGCCCUUGGCAGAGAGUCUUUCACACAAACCAAGGGCGAUGACCAUGGAAUUAUUCAUGUUCUUGACACCAAGCAUAUCAAAUACCCUGAUUCAAACAAAGGACCAUUGACCAACAAGUCUGAUCGAAAGUCAUCUGCAACACCAACUCCCCCA